CUGUUGUGAUCUAAUUUUCAUUUGCACAAUUUCUUCAAGUUGAAUUUUUGUCGCAUAAUAAUCAUUCAUUCGUUUGUUUAGUUUGGUUUGGUUUUGGUUUUGGUUUGAUUAAUUCAAUCACGAUUGUGUUGUGUUGUUCCGUGUCUUUUGCCUUAAGAUUGCCUUGAAUUUGUUUUUUUCGCAUCUUUUUUCCUAUUCUCAAUUGAUUCUCAUCGAUCAUCAUCAUUAUUGUUGAUUUAUAUAAUCCUUGAAAAAUCAUGAAUCGUCAAGUAAAUUAUCCGUCCGGUUUUAAAUGCCGUAAAUGGACAUUAGUCGUAUUGAUUUCGAUCGAUCUAUUGGUAUUAAUUUUGACAACCAUUGCAUUAGUACAACGAAACAAUUCCGAUGAUAAUAUUAAUCCGGAUAAUCGUAAUACUACAAGCAAAAUUCCAACAUUAAGUCAAAUAACAAAUGCAGUGAAUACAGUUGGUGAUAAUUUGGCUAAAUUAAAUAUAACACGAAUCAAUGUCGAUCUUGGUUCGAUUGAUAAUAAUUCAACUCGACAAUUUCUCGAUGGUAUAUUGAAUAAGGCGAGAGAAAAUGAAGGACAAACUAAGUGGGUAGGUCAAAUAAUUGCUAUCGUAAUCGGAUUCAUCAUUUGUUUGAUCGGUUUGAUCGGUGUCAUUAUGGAACAUUAUUGUCUAUCAUUGACCUAUGCUAUUAUAACAUUUGUUGGCCUACUUUAUACAACAGUGGUUGGUAUCUAUUCUGAAGAACCAAUUUUGAUCGGUAAAAUCAUCAUGUAUAUAUUAUUCAUUGUAUUGGUCGCAUGGUUUAUUAUCGAUCUACGCGGUAUUCGUCGACAACAAAAAUCACAAAAUAUAUGAUUAACCUGAAAAAAAACAAUGAAUCUUAAAUCAAUCAAACAAACAAACAAACAAAAAACUAACUCAUUUUAGCUUAUCAAUAGCCUGUUUAAACACACACACACACACACACAUUACAAACGCACCCAAAUACCGAUUACACGCACAUCAUAUGAAUGAAAAAAAAUAAUAAUAACUAAACGGAAACAGCUAAGAAAAAUCUAAUCAAUCAAAUCAACAACAAAAAAAAACAAACUUUGAUAUUGAUGAUGAAUAAUAUACCACCAGACCUUGUUUUUUCUUUGAAAUGAACAACAAUUAUAGAUAAAAUUGUUUUUUUUCCUUUUUUCCUUCUAUCUUUAUCAUUUUACAUUUGAAAAACAAAAUUUUUGAAUAAUAAAAAAAAAGUUACACAUCCUUAA